AUGGAGGCCAACGAGAUAUCAUCAGAAGAAGGGACUCCCAUUCGAUCCAUAUUUUUUGUGAAAAAGAAGAUGGAUUUGAAGAGUUUUGAGGAGAAAGAGGAUUCCUUCAUUCUUGAUUUUAACCCUUAUGAGUCUGCUGAUUUUGCCUAUCUCUCUAUCUCCAAGAGUCAUCAUCAUCCUCAUAAUGUUCAAGACAUCUCUAUCAUCGCCGAAAAAGGCCAGGUUGCUUGCAGAGAUUACCCACAUUCAAGACAUUUGUGUUUGAAAUUACCAUUUGAAACCACCCCUCAAGAGUUUUUGAUGAUGAGAUGCAGUGUUACUGUUAUGUUUGCGAAUUGGCUGCGCCAUGCAAUUUCUGGACAAAACCUGUUGAAACUAAGGAUGGAAGUAAAUGGCGCAUUGUGA